AUGACAUUUAAAGUUUUUAAUACCCAAGAGGAGGCAGCAGAAUCUACCCGCCAAAAACACCUCCAACAAAAGGUGGCCCUCCAAACCAAGCCUUGGUGGCAGCUCUGCGGCCAGCUGGGUUACAGCCCUGAGUCAAAGGAGGAACCAGAAACCUCCCAUCAGCUCCUCCGGGGGCCUGCUUCAAAUGUAGCAAGGAAGGCCACUGGGCUCACCAGUGUCCUAACCCAAGACCUCCAACUAAGCCCUGCCCAAAGUGCAAACAGGUGGGUCACUGGGUAUCAGAUUGUCCUGGACAGGGCUUACCACCUAUGGCUCCUCAUGGAGCAUCAGCCCCACCAGCUAUCCAGAUCCCUGACUUUCUCGGACUGGCAGAAGAUUGACAAUGCCUUGACUCGGGGACCCCAAUCACCCUCGCUGAGCACAGGGUCAUGCUCCAGGGUGGAUCGAAGCCAUACCUAUGGCACAGAAGGGGCUGCAAUUGUACCCAACACUCUUGUCUGUCACAUCAUUCCCUGUUUCGGUCUUCCACAAAGUCUCCAGUUGGACAAUGGCCCUGCCUUCAUCUCCAGGGUCACCCAACUGGUCUGUGAACACCUAGCCAUUACUUGGAAGGUCCACAUCCCAUACCACCCCCAAUCCAUGGGUAAGGUUGAACGGGACAAUGGCCUGAUCAAACAGCAGCUCACCAAGCUAUCCCUGGAGCUCCGGCUCUCCUGGAUUGACCUGCUGCCCCUGACCAGAUCAUACUGUAAAGAAGGGGCUAAAUGGGCUGAGGAAUACAGAGGUUGCCCAUACUGGCAGUGCAAAAUUCAUUGGAUUAUAAAGAAAGCUGUGUCUUCCCCAGGCAACAAGCUAGAGGUCUACUAUGAUGACUCCAAAUUCCACCUCAACAUUCCUGACCCCUGGCAUGAUAGAUGGGUGACCAGGGUAAUAGCCAAGGGAUAUGCACAUGGGGCCUCCUCAUGCCCGUCAACAACCUUCAAGAUCUGGAGGGAGUAUGAGCGAGUGGUCCCUGUGAUCUUUGGAGUACUAGAGGAUCAGACAAAGGCCAUCAAGGAGGCAGAAAACAGCCUUCAGAACAAAACCCAGAGGGACCCUAUUUCCUGGCUGUCCCUGGUGCAGGAAGGUGCCAACUUGUUAAAUAGGUCAGGUCUGGACAAUGUAACUAAAUGCUUCCUCUGUGCCACCUUGUCCAGGCCCCCACUCAUAGCUGUUCCCUUACCUGGGCCAUUCCCAUCAAACGAGUCAGCCUCCAUGCCUCUGCUCACCCUGCUUGCAGGAGCCCUUUCAUAUCGAGAUCCUCUAUCCCAACAGUUACCCUUCUGCUACUCUGAUCCUGGCAAAAUAUGCAACACCACUAAUUCUACCAUAUUGGGCUCCCUCUGGGCCCCUCCAGGAGGCUUCUUUUGGUGUAAUGGCACACUUUCAAAAAACCUCACCCAACAGGCCCUAACUUCCCAGCUCUGUUUACCUGUAUCUAUGGUUCCCCAGCUUACCAUGUAUGAAAGAGGAGAAUUCUUUCAUCUCAUACACCUUACAUCAGGAGCCCAGCCCUCACCUCAACAUAAGACUAGGAUGGCUGUCUUCCUGCCUGUCCUUGUGGGCAAAUCUUUGGCAGCCUCAGUGGCAGCUACCAGUCUCAGCCCUGGUGCCCUGGCUCACUCAGUAAUUCAGGCCCAAAGGCUCUCUCAACCAAUGCUGACAGGCUUUGAAGACUCAGCAGCAUCCCUUGCCUCUCUUCAAAGACAGAUAACUUCCCUAGCUCAGGUAGCUCUACAGAACCACCGCGCGUUGGACCUACUCACAGCGGACACAGGGGGAACUUGCCUCUUUCUUUGGGAAGAAUGCUGCUACUAUAUUAAUGAGUCAGGCCUGGUGGAAACUUGUGUCCAGUCUCUUCACAGGCUCAGCAAUGAGAUGUGCCACUACAAUGCUGCCUCGACUGGCACUCCUGGCUGGUGGAAUCCAGCCCUGUUUAACAUUCUCACCCCACUGAUAGGUCCCCUGGUGAUCAUUUGCCUCUUUCUGCUCCUGGCACCCUUUUUCUUUCGAUUUUUCCAAGACCACCUCCACCAGUUAAUGCAGGUAACCUUCAACCAAAUGUUGCUCUAG